CUGCGCCGCAGAGCUGCAGAACUCUUUUUCUUUUUUUUUUUUAAUAUUUUAUACAUUCUGGAAUAUUGGAAGGGUAAAUAGACUCUUUUGACUAUUCGAGCAAUUGAUUUUCUUGUUCACAGUGCUGAUUCAAAAAGGAGUAAUUCGUGUGACAACAGAAGGAUCGGGAAUUGCUCUCUUUUUCUUCUUUGCAGCUCCCAGCUGCUCAGGAGUUGAAAUUUUGUUGUCCGCAUUUGAGUUUGAAUUGAAGACAUGGACUAGUAAUUCUAGACAGGAGUUUGUUAUUGUUUUGAGGCUUUUGAAGUUAUGAAGAGUUCAAUCUUUACAUGCAAAGCAUCCAGUUUUCCGUCUACAACAUUUAAAGUAUUGAAAGAAGUCAAAAUAAAUAUCAUAAAAAUGGAGCUUUCAAUUACGCGGCCUGAUGAUUGGCAUCUUCAUCUGCGUGAUGGAAAGCUUCUUGAAGCGGUUAUCCCUCACAGCGCGCAUCACUUUGGAAGGGCAAUCAUUAUGCCGAACUUGAAACCUCCUAUCACCACCACAGCUGCAGCAAUGGCAUAUCGAGAAUCUAUUCUCAAAGCACUACCCAUUAAUAGUGGCUUCACCCCUCUCAUGACACUUUAUUUGACAGAUUCUACCACUCCUGCCGAGAUCAAGCUGGCAAAGGAGAGUGGGGUAAUAUUUGCUGUAAAGCUCUAUCCUGCUGGUGCUACAACCAAUUCUCAAGAUGGUGUGACAGAUUUAUUCGGGAAGUGUAUGCCUGUUAUUGAAGAGAUGGUUAAACACAAUAUGCCUCUCCUGGUCCAUGGAGAGGUUACUAGUCCUGAAGUUGACAUUUUUGAUCGGGAAAAAGUAUUCAUUGAGACCGUUUUAAGCCCCUUGGUGCAGAAGUUUCCACAAUUGAAAGUAGUGAUGGAGCAUGUUACCACUAUGGAUGCUGUGAAGUUUGUUGAGUCUUGUGCUGAAGGGCGUAUUGCUGCUACAGUCACUCCACAACACCUUGUCCUGAAUAGGAAUUCUCUUUUCCAAGGAGGGUUGCAACCACAUAAUUACUGCCUUCCUGUGCUUAAGAGAGAAACUCAUAGGCAAGCUAUUGUAUCAGCUGUGACAAGUGGAAGUAAAAGAUUUUUCCUUGGAACUGACAGCGCUCCCCAUGAUAGACUAAAGAAAGAGUGUCCUUGUGGUUGUGCUGGUAUUUAUAAUGCUCCUGUAGCAUUGGCAGUAUAUGCAAAGGUUUUUGAGGAGGCUGGUGCGCUGGAUAAGCUAGAAGCAUUUACAAGUUUCAAUGGUCCGGACUUUUAUGGGCUUCCAAGAAACACAUCGAAAAUCACAUUAAGGAAAACCCCAUGGAAAGUUCCAGAAUCAUUUUCUUAUGCAUCAGGGCAUGUCGUUCCAAUGUUUGCUGGUGAAAUGCUCGAUUGGUUACCAUCUCCUGUUUGAAAGUGAAUGGUUUUCAGAAGAUUACCUUCAAAUGAAUGAAUUUGAAAUGAAUUCUUUUCAAAUCCACAUUUUAAUUACAGCUUUCUUCUCCAUUCCUCUCAAAUAAGAUAACAUCUUCCUCCAUAGAAGUAGGGUAGUCAUUUGGUCUACGCGUUUCAAUCUUUAAGUCUACCCUAGUAUUUCUAGUGUGAGAAUUGUCCUAGGAUUUUCUAACGAGAGAUUCUCUCUCUCUUAGAAUCUUUGUAGUUGACUCUAUUUCAUGUUUGUCGGCCACAAGUUCUGAAUUUUGAUGGCCCUAUACCAAGUUUACCCUUUUACGCUGGUUUCGCUGUUGUUUCUCUACAGAUUUUGGCCUUUUGGUCUUUUUAUUGUGAAUAGUACUUUUAGUGGUUGGGCA